ACGCGAGCUAGGGUUUCCUCCUCUGCCGUUUGCGUCCUUUCGCUAGAGAGAGAGAGAGAGAGAGAGAGAGAGGCAAAGCGAGACGACGAAGUAGGAGACGGCGUGGAUCUAGAUCAACAAAAUGGCUAGAGGACUUAAGAAGCAUCUCAAACGGCUAAAUGCCCCAAAACACUGGAUGCUCAACAAACUUGGUGGUGCUUUUGCCCCCAAACCAUCAUCUGGUCCGCACAAGGCCAGGGAGUGUUUGCCACUGAUCCUCAUUCUAAGGAACAAAUUGAAGUAUGCUCUCACCUACCGUGAAGUCAUUGCCAUUCUGAUGCAAAGGCAUGUUAUGGUUGAUGGAAAGGUCAGGACAGACCAGAAAUAUCCGGCUGGUUUCAUGGAUGUUGUGUCGAUUCCUAAAACCAAUGAAAACUUUAGGCUGUUAUAUGACACAAAGGGCCGCUUCCGGCUUCACUCCAUCAAGGAUGAGGAGGCAAAGUUCAAGCUUUGCAAGGUGCGAUCUGUUCAAUUCGGGCAGAAAGGCAUUCCUUAUCUCAACACAUAUGAUGGUCGAACUAUUCGCUACCCUGACCCACUCAUCAGAGCAAACGACACAAUAAAGCUCGACUUAGAGACGAACAAGAUCGUCGACUUCAUCAAGUUUGAUGUCGGUAAUGUCGUCAUGGUGACUGGCGGGAGAAACACUGGGCGUGUUGGAGUCAUCAAGAACAGGGAGAAGCAUAAGGGUACAUUUGAGACUAUCCAUGUCCAAGAUGCCACUGGCCAUGAGUUUGCUACUCGUCUUGGCAAUGUGUUCACUAUCGGCAAGGGGACCAAGCCUUGGGUUACUCUGCCUAAGGGCAAGGGUAUCAAGCUCAGCAUUAUCGAGGAAGCUAGGAAGCGUGCCGCUGCUGAAGCUGCGGCUGCUAAAACCAGCGGUUGAUUGAAGAUUUUGUGUUCCAAUAUAUUUUUUUGUUAGGGUUUUCAUAGUACUCGAAUUUGGAGAGAAGGCGUUUGAAUUAUUUGGCCUGUGUUUUGAUCGUUGGAUACCUUGUGUUUAUUUCUUUUCUAGGUACAUGUGGUAAAACUUGUUAAUUUGCUGAAGUUUUCGUAAGAGCGCCUUCUUAGCGUUAAAUUAUUCAGGGUUCAAGCCACAGUGAUCGCUGUUGAUUCUGUGAUGUGCGUUUUUUUGAAUUUUUAAAGGGAUUUACUUGGUUU